GUAAUGUGUCAAGUUCCAAUCCCAGUCCCCAAGAUUCUGAUAUCCCUGACUCCAGUGGUGGAAACUUCCAAAGCUUUGGUCGUGGCAGCUAUUCUCGUGGCAGAAACAAUAGAGGAGGAAGGUUCAGAGGACGCGGUGGCCGCAACGGCUAUAGAAACUCUGUGCAAUGUCAGAUAUGCUAUAAACCAGGUCAUGAUGCUAGCUAUUGCUACUACAGACAUUCUCAAGACUCUUAUGGUGUCUAUCCUCCUUAUGGUGCUCCUGUCUCCUUUGGAAAUUUUAGCUUCAGUCAACCAAAUGUGUGGACUCAACCUGGUUUUAGGGCUCCAAGUUCUUCAGCUGUGAAUCAAGCUAGAUCUAUGGCGCCUGUCAUGGCAUCUCAGUACUCUGGUGCAAGGCCUCAGGCACUGAUUGCUGGCACUGACUAUUCUCCGUUCUACAACCAGGCGUGGUUCACAUUGGCAAUGGCCAAGGGUACUUCUAAAGUGCUUUUGAGUGGUUCCCUUGGGAGUGAUGGUCUUUAUAAGUUCAACUGCACUCCUCCUCCUAGUUUCCUCUCAAGUCCUCAGCAACCUUCUUUCAGCAGCAUUAAUCCUGAUCCUGGUUCACCUGUUUCUCCCUCCCAGUCUGCUUCUACUUCUCCACAUUCUGUUCAUCCUGAGACAUCUUCUGCUGACUCUUCAGCCGUGUCUCCUCAAGUUGAUAUUGAGUCCUCCUCAGUAGGCAUUAGCAACAGCAUAAUCUCUUCUCCAUUUACUGAACACUCCUCCCCUGCUACCUCUGUUCAUCCUCUUAACACUCAUCCCAUGUCAACAAAGUGUGCCAAUUUCUCUCAAACCCUCUUGAGGAUCAUUGGAAAGCUGUUAAGCGCAUUCUCAGACUGA